AUGCUCUACUCUUGUAUGAGUCUUGACGUUUGAGAAGACAGCAUUUGACGACUUUUCUUUUUGACUCUGCGACCAUCAUGACGAUACAGACUCUUGCGAUCGCCACUGUUGCGGUCGUGUUUUUUGUCAUUCGCUAUCUCAAUCGCACCGAUGUUCCUAAAAUCAAAGGGAUUCCUGAAAUCCCCGGCGUGCCGAUGUUCGGCAAUCUGUUACAACUGGGCAAUAAGCAUGCGACGGUGGCGGGCGCUUGGGCGAAGAAAUUUGGCCCGGUGUUCCAGGUGCGCAUGGGAAAUCGGCGCGUCAUCUUCGCCAACAGCUUCGACUCCGUCCGCCAGCUCUGGAUCAAAGACCAAUCGGCCCUCGUGUCGCGCCCGACCUUCCACACCUUCCACAGCGUCGUCUCGACCUCGCAGGGCUUCACCAUCGGCACCUCCCCCUGGGACGAGUCGUGCAAGCGACGCCGCAAGGCCGCCGCCACAGCGCUGAACCGGCCCGCCGUGCAAUCCUACAUGCCGAUCAUCGACCUGGAAGCGACGUCCAGCAUCAGGGAGCUAUUCAAGGACAGCAAGGGCGGCACGGUCGACGUGAACCCGACGGCGUAUUUCCAGCGGUUUGCGCUGAACACGAGUCUGACGCUGAACUAUGGGUUCCGCAUCGAGGGCAACGUGGACGAUCAGCUGCUGAGGGAAAUUGUGGACGUCGAGCGCGGUGUCUCGAAUUUCCGCAGUACCAGUAAUAACUGGCAGGAUUAUAUCCCGUUGCUGCGGAUCCUGCCGAAGAUGAAUCGUGAGGCGCAGGAGUUCCGCGCGCGCAGGGAUAAGUACUUGACGUAUUUGUUGGGGAUUUUGAAGGAUCGCAUCGAGAAAGGAACGGAUAAGCCGUGCAUUACCGGGAAUAUUCUCAAGGACCCGGAGGCGAAGCUGAACGAUGCCGAGGUGAAAUCCAUCUGUCUGACCAUGGUCUCCGCCGGCCUGGACACCGUCCCCGGCAACCUGAUCAUGGGCAUCGCCUACCUGGCCUCGGAAGAAGGCCAGGAGAUCCAGCAGAAAGCCUACGACGAGAUAAUGCAAGUCUAUCCCGACGGCGACGCGUGGGAGAAAUGCCUCGUGGAAGAGAAGGUCCCGUACGUGACUGCGCUGGUCAAAGAGACGCUGCGAUUCUGGACCGUCAUUCCGGUCUGUCUGCCGCGCGAGAGCACCAAGGAGAUUGUAUACAACGGGGCGAAGAUCCCUGCCGGGACCACGUUCUUCAUGAACGCCUGGGCCGCCGACUACGACGAGGACCACUUCAAAAUGCCACACAAGUUCAUCCCCGAGCGCUACCUCGAGCAGACCGAGGGCGCAGGAACGCCGCACUACGGCUACGGCGCCGGCUCUCGCAUGUGUGCCGGCUCCCACCUGGCCAACCGUGAGCUCUACACGGCGUACAUCCGCCUCAUCACCGCGUUCAAGAUGAGUCCGCCCAAGGACCGAGCCGAUCAGCCGAUCCUGGACGCCAUCGAGUGCAAUGCCAUCCCGACGGCGUUGACAACCGAGCCGAAGCCAUUCAAGGUGUCUUUUACGGCGAGGGAUCCGGACAGCUUGAAGCAGUGGAUCGCAGAGAGUGAUGAGCGGACGAAGGAUCUUUAGUUCUGGUUUGUGUUUCUAGAAGUUUGUUAUGUAAGUAGAUUGUGUAUAAAGUAGCGACCAAUUUUAUUUCAAG